AUGGCUUUCCUGAGCCGAGUUGGCGCAUUGCUAAAACACAAUUUCAGCAAACAUAUCACACCAGCAUUUUCUGCCUCGAACCCUUCACUUUUUCAGGCGAUAAGGAGCAUGAGCACGAAUUUGAAUACAAAGCUCUUUGUUGGAGGUCUCGGUUAUAGAACGGAUGAGCAAACUGUGGGGGACCAUUUUUCUCGAUAUGGGGAAGUUGAAUACGUUAAAAUUAUUAUGGAUCGUGAAACUGGUUGUUCUCGUGGAUUUGGCUUUGUGACCUUCUCAUCUGCCGAGGCUGCUUCUAGUGCCAUCCAGGGACUUGAUGGCCAGGAACUUGAUGGGCGUAGAAUCACGGUGAACUAUGCUAAAGAAAAACCUCGUGAAGGGGGCUAUGGUGGCGGCAACUACACCCCAGCGGCUGAUGGCGGCGGUGGCGGCUAUGGUAUCUCCGGCGAUUUUUCCGGCGGCAAUUAUUCCAGUGGUGGAAAUGGCAGCUACUCCGGCAAUGUCGGGUUCUCCGGCGGUGGCUACGGUGGCUCCGGUGGCAAUGGCGACUACUCCGGUGGCGGCAAUGUGUUCUCCGGCGGCAGUGGCAACUACUCCGGUGGCGGCAAUGUAUUCUCCGGCGGGAGUGGCGACUACUCCUCCGGUGGCGGCAAUGGGUUCUCCGACGGCAGUGGCGACUACUCCUCAGGUGGCGGCAAUGUGUUCUCGGGCGGCAGUGGCGACUACUCCUCCGGUGGUGGCAAUGUGUUCUCCGGCGGCAAGGGCAACUACUCCUCCGGUGGCGGCAAUGGGUUCUCCGGCGGGAGUGGCGACUACUCCUCAGGUGGCAGCAAUGUGUUCUCCGGCGGCAGUGGCAACUUCUCCUCAGGUGGCGGCAAUGUGUUCUCCGGCGGCAGUGGCGACUACUCCUCAGGUGGUGGCAAUGGGUUCUCCGGCAGUGGCGGCGGCAAUUACUCUGGUUGA